AUGGACGAUAAAUUUUGUGUCCCUGAAUGCAGUGCUUUCGAAUGCAUGGACUUGCUGGUGAGGAUGGAGUGGCACCUUCUUGGACUGACCCUUUGCCUCGGCUUGGUGCCCAUGGCCUCUGCAGACUGUGCAACUGAGUGCUCUGCCUGUGUGUUGCAUAACCAGGAUCCGGAGAAGCCCAUCAACCCCUUAGUCUGUUCUUUGGAGUGCCAGGGCUCCUUCCUGUCCGCCAGUGAUUGGGAGGCAUGCAAGAAAGCUUUGUCUGCCUUGGCCCCUUUCCUGUUGGAGGAACAGCCCAAGAGACGAUCUCAGGGAGCUGAAGAAGAGUGGCCCGAUCAGGGAGGAAGCCCCACGUCAUGGGAGCUCUACACCGGCUUGGCCAAACGUUACGGCGGCUUCACAAGGAACAAGAUCUUCUCCCUACUUCGCGAGAACGCUCACCCCAAGGGCAUCAGCAAGAAGUACGGUGGGUUCUUCCGAAAAAUAGGGGAGAGGUCAGCCUCUGAGCUGGGUGAAGAGGAGGUUUACCCGGGGGACUUGGACACUGGAGACCUGGGCUAUGCCGGGGAAGACUCAGAUCUGGGAUCUCUUAAGGACGAGAUGAAACGUUACGGGGGCUUCCUCCGCAAGUACCCCAAGAGAAGUUCGGAAGGGGCCAUCCCCGAGGAGGACGGGCAGGCCCUGGAAGACCUGCACAAACGCUACGGGGGCUUCCUUCGCCGCAUUCGCCCCAAGCUCAAGUGGGACAAUCAGAAGCGUUACGGUGGGUUCCUGAGGCGUCAUUUCAAGGUGACCACGAGAUCCGAGGAGGAACCCAAUGCCUACUCGGGGGAGGUCUCCGACCUAUAGAUCCCAUCCGCUGUAGAAACCGAGUCAUUCUCCGGU